CUACUAUCACUCUCAUUGUUUUCUCACCAACAACAAAAAAAAUAUAUAUCGGUUUUGAUUAUAAAAAAAAAAAAAUCAAAUUGUUUGUCAUUCACUAUUAAGUGUAAACUAUUUAUUCGUUUGUCCAGACUCACAGUAUCCCACAAAGCCAACCCCACCAUGCAUAUCAUAUCUCUUUCUUCCUCCUUAAUUUUUUUCAUUUUCCUCUUCCUCGCAUCAACCAUUCCGAUUUAUCCGGCGAAACCCACAACCUCUCAGCCUCCGGCACCGCGGAGACGCCAGCACAGAGAGCUCUCUGGCGAUUACUACUCCAAGACAUGUCCUCAGCUGGAAAAUCUUGUCGGUUCCGUCACUUCCCAGCGGUUCAAAGAAGCACCCAUCUCGGCUCCCGCCACCAUUCGCCUAUUCUUCCACGACUGCUUCGUUGAGGGUUGUGAUGGGUCGAUAUUGAUAGAAACAGAGAAAGGAAACAAGAGAUUAGCAGAAAAAGAAGCAGAGGAGAAUAAAGAUUUGAGAGAAGAAGGAUUUGAGAGUGUCUUCAAGGCAAAGGCAUUGGUUGAGUCUCAUUGCCCUUCUCGCGUCUCUUGCUCUGAUAUUCUCGCCAUCGCCGCUCGAGACUUCAUCCACCUGGCAGGUGGGCCCUACUAUCAAGUGAGGAAAGGAAGGUGGGACGGGAAAAGAUCAACGGCAACGAACGUCUCUCCAAACAUACCUCGAUCAAACUCCACCGUCGAUCAGCUCAUCAAGCUCUUCGCGUCCAAAGGACUAACCGUAGAGGACCUCGUCGUCCUUUCCGGGUCCCACACAAUCGGUUUCGCUCACUGCAAGAGUUUCAGUAGUCGUCUCUACGACUUCAAAGGCACGAAACGACCCGACCCGACUCUCGACCCGAGAUUACUCAAGGAGCUCCGUAUGUCGUGCCCUUUCUCCGGAGGAAGCUCCGGCGUCGCCCUUCCGCUCGAUGCGACUACUCCGUUUGUGUUCGACAACGGCUAUUUCACAGGACUAGGAACUAACAUGGGCCUUCUCGGGUCGGACCAAGCCUUGUUUCUUGACCCGAGGACGAAGCCCAUUGCGGUUGAGAUGGGUAGAGAUAAGCAGAGGUUUCUCAAGGCGUUUGGAGAUGCUAUGGAUAAGAUGGGUUCUAUUGGUGUAAAAAGAGGUAGGAGACAUGGGGAGAUACGAACAGAUUGUCGAGUCUUUUUAUAAAUUUUAUUUACUUGUAUUUUACUUUGUUGUUUUGUGUGUGGAUUUUUUUUUUGUCUUGAUCUUGAUCUUGAUGUGUCUUCUCUCCUCUGUCGGAAGUUUCUUGAUUGUUUUGUUCACAGUACGAUACGGUACUUUUCGAAAGCAUCCGUUAUUUAAUUUUGGAAAGAUACAGAUUUAAGAUAUAUAAUGAUAAUAUAUUUUUU